AUGCAUUCUGACACUGCUCAUUUCGACGCCGAGAUGGGCACGGACGACAUGGUUGUUGAUGACUUGGAUUUUUCGCAUACUGCUACAUCUAACCCACUCGAGGGCGACUCUUUGCCGUUGUCGCUGUCGCUGUCGUCUUCGGGGCCGAGGACGGAGCCGGAGUCGUGCAUCGAUCGAUGUAUAGGUGUUGACCCGCGUCCGAAGGAGGUUUGUUCUUCGCCGUCGCCCUUGCUACUUCAGCCUUUGCAGGUGUCGGGGGGUGAAGUUGAAAGUGGGGCUGUUUUCCGCGAGGAAGAUCCUUUGUCAUUGCAAGAUUCCUUUCGGGAUUCGCGGUGUUGGUCUGGUUUGGUUGAGUCCCCGGGUGUGGUACCUAAACUUGUUCUUUUACCUCAGCUGAGUGUCAGCGUUGAACCUACGCCGAUAUCAGGGAACAUCAACAUUUACCCCGAACAAGGAACCAAUUUCUCUCAAUUGGAUACAAUUCCGGAAGAAUUGGUAUACGAGAAUGAGGAUAUUGGAGGAAAGGAAACGACUUCCAACUCUGCGCCGCUAUCAACACACCAAGUGACUUCGGAUUCGUCGACUACGGAAUAUUCGGCGGAAAGGAAUGCAUGGAUUGGAUUGCCAGCAGAACCCAAUUUAACAAUAGAAUCUUCAUCAGUCAGCACGCCACCUCGCUCAGAAUUCCAACCAAUUCCCUCCUAUGAACCAGCGCCUGCGCUACAAUUAGGCCUUGUUCCAAAUGAAGUUGAUACAGAGGACCCCGGAUAUGCAUCCUCGGCGGCAUCAACAAACAGCGAGAACAACUCAGUCUUCGAUGAAGACUAUCAUUCCGAUACCUCCAGUCAUACAGCUUCACUCCUAUCAGACGUGAAAGACUACUGUUACGAAAACGGCCGACGAUACCACUCCUACCGGGAAGGCCACUACGUUCUCCCCAACGACGAGCCCGAACAAGACAGACAAGACCUCCUCCACCACGUCCGCAACCUCGUACUGAAUGGCGCCCUCUUCCGCGCCCCGGUAAGCAAAAACAUGCAACGAGUCUUAGACAUCGGCACCGGAACCGGAAUAUGGGCCAUCGACUUCGCAGACAGCUACCCCGGAACCGAAGUAGUCGGCACAGACCUCAGCCCCAUCCAACCAUCCUGGGUCCCGCCCAAUCUGCGAUUCAUCGUCGACGACGCCGAAUCCCCCCUGGCUAUUCAGCACAAGCCGACCCUUCGACUUCAUCCACGCGCGCGAUCUGAGCGGCGCAAUCGCCGACUGGCCGCGUCGGACGAUGACGAGGAGCUGCGUCUGGCGCCGACGUUGCGCGAAUUCCUCGGUCAGCUGCAUGCGGCCAGCGAGGCGUUUCACCGGCCCAUGAAUAUCGCCGAGGGACACCGGCAGCGGCUGAUCGAGGCGGGUUUUGAAGAUGUACGGGAUGAGGUGUACAAGGUUCCCUCUAGUGCCUGGCAUGACGAUCCUAUUCAGAAACAGAUCGGUCGGUAUAACCUCUGCUCCUUGCUCAUGGCAGUCGAGUCGUAUUCUUUGGCCUUAUUUACUCGAGUGCUUGGUUGGUCGAAUCAUCAAACCCAGGUAUUCCUGGCGGGCGUGCGGAGAGAUUUGAGGAAUCCCGAGGUGCAUACAUAUUGCAAUUUGCACAUUGUGUAUGGCCGUAAGCCAUGGAUUCCCUAG